CUGGGUGCCGGAAAAGAAAUAAAAGGAAAAUUGUCGUCCACCGAGGGCACGGAACAGCGCUGGGCGGGAACGUUUUCAUCCUUUUUCAAACUCUCACUCAUCUCAAUCUCCGCGAUGCUUCUCCAGAAGGGCUGAGGAAUCAAGCUCCACAACAAUGGAAUCUCUCCUGGAAAUUUUGUCGAAUACCUAGGGUUCGAUCGAAUCCAGGUGGCCUCAUCGCCGCUACCACUUUCUGUGCUCGGCCCUUUCCCGGUUCCAGAAAUGCGGAGGACUUGUUUGAAGUUCGAGAGUCCGAUCCAAGACGCGGUUUCCAGGCUCAGAUUCGCUCCUAAAUCAAACAAUCUCCUCAUCUCGUCCUGGGAUUCCAGCCUUCGACUGUACGACGUGGAUAGCUUGACGCUUAGGGUGGAGGCUCGUUGUGAAGCUGCACUUUGUGACUGUUGUUUCCAGGACGAGUCUAUUGCUUUUACCGCCGGUUCUGAUUGUUGCAUAAGAAGGUAUGAUUUGGAUUCACAAAUUCAUGAUGUCAUAGGAAAUCAUGAUGAUGUAGUUAGCUGUGUUGAAUAUUCUGAUGAAACACGUCAACUAGUCUCUGCUGGUUGGGAUAAAAAGAUAAUUUUUUGGGAUGCACGCUCAACCAAAUGUCUAGGAUGCCUGAACACUCCAGGGGCAGAAGUGGAAUCCAUGGCCCUCUCUGGGAUUAAGUUGAUGAUUGCUGUUGGGUCCUCUGUAGAGUUAUAUGACUUGCGUAACUUUAACAAAUCAGUUUAUGUGAAGGGAUUAUGUCCGGGCAUUCAAAUAAGAUGUGUGCGGCCAAUUUUUCAUUCUGAAGGCUUUGUGGCCGGAUCAGUUGAUGGGCGGGUAGCUGUGGAGUAUCUUAAUUCUAAUGAUGCUGGAUAUAUUUUCUGGUGUCAUCCAAAAUCAAAGGAUGGAACACAUCAUGUUGUACCAGUUAAUGACAUUGCAUUUAAUCCACUCAUCUUCAAUGCUUUUGUCACUGGCAACAACAUGGGUUAUGUUGCCAUAUGGGAUGCCCAAACCAAGAGGAGACUACUGCAGAUGCCUAGGUACUCCAACAAGGUGGCAUCCUUAUCAUAUAACCAUGAUGGACAACUUCUGGCUGUUGCAUCAAGCCACACAUACCGUGAAGCAAAUGAAAUAGAGGAGUCUCCUCAAAUAUGCUUGCAUGAAAUGGAUGAGUUCUCCAUUGGAUCCGCUGGAAGUCCAAAUUGAAUGACGGAGUAGAAGAAGAUGCUAUCUGAAAGAAGGUGAUGGCUUUCGUCUUUGGAUUUUGCCUUUUUUUAAAUUUUAACCAUUUGAUUUCCAUGAAUUUGCUGGAUGGUUUUCCUGGUCAACCUAUUAACAAACGACUUACCUGUCUCAGUAUUACCAACCAGAGGGUAUUACGGUGCAGCAUUUGGUCAAAAUGCAUAUCUCUGACUCCAAGCACAAUCUCUCAAGUAUUGAAGUCUAAUCAUUUCAUAUUAUUUUCUUUCGAUCUUCUAAUUAUUGGUAGGCCAAGUUAAUUUACCUGUCUCAGUAUUCCCAACACAGACUUUGUUCCCUGAAAUUAAAAAUCUGGAUUCGGGCGAACAGAUCUUAACUACUGUCUGAUCACCCUCCCAAGGGUAGAGAUUCCAUUCUGUUGUAGCCUUUCUGGCAGAAUGCAAGGGAGUCUCUUCAUGGGGAAUUGUUGUAUUGUUACUAUCAUGGGGGACCAAGAAAUCCUAAAGAGAUAGAAGGCACGAAAUGCAGCCGAGAGGAAUGAAUAUAUAUUUGGCAUUGUUGUAGGGUAUUCUUAUUUUAAUUGGUUUUUCUUAUGCAAAAUGUCAUGUAACAGUCGGAGUUCUGUUGCCUCUUGUCUUAAGCAUUGAUUGGAUUUUGCUUUUACUAGUUUGUAAAAUUUUCCUUUUGUUUGAGCACAUUGGAAGUGGUGUUUUAUCUAUGCCAUAGAUGUGCAGUU